AUGACCUGGGCUCCGGAGGACGGCGCUAUUCGCAUCAAUGUGGGAGGCUUCCGGCGGCGGCUGCUGUCCCAGCGACUCUCUCGGUUCCCGGAGACCAGGCUCGCGCGCCUGCUCCGGUGCCGCUCCAAAGAGUCCAUCCUCGAGCUCUGCGACGACUACGACGACUCCGAGAACGAGUUCUACUUCGACCGCAAUCCUGCGCUCUUCCCGUACGUCUUACACUUCUACAACACAGGGAGGCUUCACGUGAUGGACGAGCUCUGCAUCUUCUCCUUCAGUCAGGAGAUCGAGUACUGGGGCAUCGACGAGCUGUUCCUGGACUCAUGCUGCAGCGGCUCCUAUCACUGCCGCAGGACGGAGCCCGAGGAGAGCGACUCGGAGGACAGGAGCGAGGAGGCCAGCACCACCUCCUCCUUCCACGAGAUCCUGGAGUUCUACAGCGACGCCGGUAAAUAUGACAAGCAGCUGCUGGGAAGCGUCCGGCGGAGGAUCUGGCUGAUGCUGGACAAUCCCGGCUACUCGAUCCCCAGCCGGCUCAUCAGCAUCUUCUCCAUUCUGGUGGUGCUGGGCUCCAUCGCCUCCAUGUGCAUGAACAGCAUGAGCGAGUUCACGCUGCUGGACGCUGAUGGAAAGCCCUGCGAGGAUCCGCGCUUCGAGGCCGUGGAGCACCUCGGCAUCGGCUGGUUCACGCUCGAGCUGCUGGCCAGAUUCGCCGUGACGCCGGACCUCCUGCGUUUCUUUGAACACCCGCUGAACCUGAUCGAUCUGGUGUCCAUCCUGCCCUUUUACCUGACCCUGCUGAUGCACCUGGUGGCGGAGAGCGGCCCGGCGCUGGCUAACCUGGGUCGAGUGGCUCAGGUGCUGAGGCUGAUGAGGGUCUUCCGCAUCCUGAAGCUGGCACGUCACUCCACGGGCCUGCGCUCGCUCGGAGCCACGCUCAGGAACAGCUACAAGGAGAUCGGCCUGCUGCUGCUCUAUCUGGCCGUCGGGGUGUCCUUCUUCUCCGUCAUGGCCUACACCGUGGAGAAGGAGGACAACGAGGGAUUGAGCACCAUCCCGGCCGGCUGGUGGUGGGCCACGGUCAGCAUGACCACCGUGGGAUACGGCGACGUGGUUCCCUGCUCCGUCGUGGGAAAACUGACCGCCUCGGCCUGCAUACUGGCGGGAAUACUGGUCGUGGUGCUUCCCAUCACUUUGAUAUUUAACAAAUUCUCUCUGUUUUAUAAGAGACAGAAACAGCUGGAGAUCGUCAUGCGGAGCUGCGACUUCGACGGGGGAAUAAAGGAGGCUCCGUCUGUGAAUCUGAGGAAUUAUUACGCUCAUAAAGUCAAAACACUGAUGGCCAGUCUGUCCAACAUGAGCCGCAGUUCACCCAGCGAUCACAGUCUCAACGUGUCUCUGCAUUAGACGGGAACGGCGUG